GGUCCUCCAGAGACACUAAGGAAGUUUCAGCGCAUUGAUGCCAAAGUAAAAAACAAGCGCGCGGAAACGACGCAGAACAAAAUAAAGCGUCUGGAUUAUAUUUCAACCAGCUGAUCCCAUCCGGUCCACAGAUGAGCAACAGAUGACAUUGAUGAGGUCCAGUCCCCUGAUGAAAGAGGAGUGACCACUUCAUCCUCCUCCAUCUGCAGGCCACUGAGGCGGAAGAGGCAUCGCCUCAUUUUGUCACCAUUUCCUCCCUGAGUUGGUUUCCCAAAGCGUUUCAAAACUGUUUCUCCAACGCUUUUUCCAGAAACUCAGACUGUUUUCCAAAGCAGAAGCAGCACAGCCCUCCCAGACUGAGGUGAUGGGAAGUGUGCGAGCCAGCCGCUACAGCACUGUGUCAUCAGAGGAGGACGGCAUGAAGCUUGCCACUACGGCAGUGCCCAACGGCUACGGCAAGGGCAAGGUUCACACCAGGCACCAGCCGCAGAGCAGAUUCGUUAAGAAAGACGGUCACUGCAACGUUCAGUUCAUCAACGUGAGUGAGAAAAGUCAGCGGUACUUGGCUGACCUCUUCACUACAUGCGUGGACAUCCGCUGGAGGUGGAUGUUCAUCAUCUUCUGCCUCGCCUUCCUCCUUUCAUGGUUGUUCUUUGGCUGUGUGUUCUGGCUGGUGGCCAUCUUUCAUGGGGACUUGGAAAACGGUGCCCAGAAGUGCGUUUCCAACGUGAGCAGCUUCACUGCUGCCUUCCUCUUCUCCAUUGAGACUCAGACUACUAUUGGUUACGGUUACAGAUACGUGACAGAUGAGUGCCCUCUUGCUGUCUUCAUGGUGGUUUUCCAAAGCAUUGUGGGCUGCAUUAUCGAUGCCUUUAUCAUUGGAGCUGUCAUGGCUAAAAUGGCAAAGCCCAAGAAGAGGAAUGAAACUCUGGUGUUCAGCCAUAAUGCCACGGUGGCUAUGAGGGACAACAAACUUUGCCUGAUGUGGCGUGUGGGCAAUUUACGGAAAAGCCACCUUGUUGAGGCACAUGUCCGAGCUCAGCUUCUCAAAUCCAGAACGACAGCAGAGGGGGAGUACAUCCCGCUUGACCAGAUGGACAUAGACGUGGGCUUCGAUAGCGGAGUCGACCGCAUCUUCCUGGUCUCCCCAAUCACCAUUGUCCAUGAGAUUGACGAGGAAAGCCCAUUCUACGACAUGAGCAAACAGGACAUGGAGAACUCAGAGUUUGAAAUCGUGGUCAUCCUGGAGGGUAUGGUAGAAGCGACAGCGAUGACCACGCAGUGCCGCAGCUCCUACGUUACUAAUGAGAUCCUCUGGGGCCACCGAUUCGAGCCGGUGCUCUUUGAGGAGAAAAACUACUACAAGGUGGACUAUGCCCGCUUCCACAAGACAUACGAGGUGCCGAGCACCCCUCUGUGCAGCGCCAGAGACCUCGCAGAGAAAAAAUAUAUCCUCUCCAACUCCAACUCCUUCUGCUACGAAAACGAGAUGGUGCUAGAGAACAAAGAGGACACGGACGAGGGCAACGGGGGCAGCGUCGGCCCCGACGGCACCCAGACAGACAACAUCUCAGAGACGGAGCACAGCCAGGCCAUGGUGCCGCUGGAGCCCCGGCCUCUGAGACGGGAGUCAGAAAUAUGACACUUCCGACCUCAUCCAAGAGAUUUCCUGAAAUCAUCUCUUUGCUCUGAAAUGCACAACGAGCCGAGCUGCGCCUUGAGGACAAGUCCAACGGUACUGCUGUGGGAAGCGGCAAAGGUUUAAGACUUUGUAAGAGUAUGUCUGAACUUUGACUACACACAGUAUGACAAAACACAGCACUAUGAAGCAUGUGCCUAUUGCAGAAUGAAGUCCCCAUGAAUGUUUGCUCAGUGUCUACAAAGAGGAAGAAGGUUGUUGCUGUGACUUUAAAACUAAAAAUGUCUCAGUUGCUCUGUCCAGCAAGAACAAGAUGUUUCCGUUUUUUCUUCACUAUUGUUGUUAGAUCUCUAGUGCUGCUAGAAAAUAGUAGAAGUUACACAAUAAAGCAUUGAACUGCUUUCAUUUUCAGAUAGAACCAAAGAGUCACUAAAGCAGAUGUCUGGAACAGAGAAGGUACAAAGCAGAGUAUUUGUUCGUGAGCUGGUCUCAGAGCAAGCUGACAUCACUGAAUGCAAUCUGUUCGCAAUAAAAGACAAACAACCUGUGGAGAACUUCCCUUUGAUACGACAGCACUGAUUCUCUGAGCUUUAUCCUUCGCAGUGGUUGGUCUAGACGACUGUUCAAAGCUGGUCAGACUACCCGUGUUAACAGAUCACAGCAGAGUUUGUAUUACAGACAUCAAACUGACAGAAAUCAUUAAUUUAAGAGAAAACUGGGGUAAUAUGUUAGUCUGAAUGUUCUUAAAAGUGCUGCUAUGAUGUUGCUUCUUUUUUUUUAACAGUUGAUAAAAAUGCCAAAGAGUGUUAUUAUCAUAGUUACAUGUUUCUUAAAAACAACACCUAAGUAGACUUGGUACAGAGACGUAGGACUUAUAGGGAGUUUUAAUAAGGUUUGUUUCUGAAGAACAUGUGUACAGUUUCUUUUUCUUUUAUACGCUGAUCAUCCUUAUCUUGAGCCACUUCAUCAAGCCUUAAUCUGGAUGGUCAAAAAGGGUUGAAGUGAAGAUAUAGAAAUUAAUUGAGUUCUGUGGAGUUUGCUGAACUGAAACAAUAAUUCUUUUAAUGAACAAUAAUGUUCAAUGAUUUUUUUAGGCAUCAACUUGAACCAACCAGUUGAUUUCAAAAGACAAACCUUCUUUAAAGGUUUUUAAAUAAGAGCAAAGAAAUCUGAUAUUGUCUCAUUAAAUCAAUAUCAGUCUCUAAUUGAAGCCACUUUCCCUUCGUGCCACAGAUCAGCCUGCUCCAUCGUCAACAUUACCCAAGUCUUCAGAUUUUAACUGUUUCAAGGCAAACAUACUGUAACCCUUUGCACAUGAAGGUGUUCUGCACAAGAGUUGAUUCAAUUUUAUAUCCUGAAUUGUUUGUUGAAGACAAAAAGAAAAACAGACAGAAAGCCGCUCGGCUCCUCCACAUGUACAUACCUUCCCUUUUGUUGCAGUUAUUUUAUCAGUCUUCCAAAUGUACUGCAAAACCACAGAAUGUACAGAUUUUUGUAUUAAUGUUAUUAUAAUUAUUAUUGUACAUGAUAUUAUAUUGCUCUUUUUCAAUAAAAUGUCAGUGGACAAAAGGAA